AUGAAACGCUUUCAACACAGAGAUUCUCAGGAAAAUAAAGACGCUUUGCAAAAGGAGUCAGAACAACUUCAUCUCGUCAGAAGAGGGCUUAUUUCUGUACCUGAUUUGUCGAAGUUCUCCAUGCUGAGACGUGUGUGGCUCAACAAUAACAAGAUCCGAGAGGUCUCCAGAACUUCAUUUAACUGUCGCUUGACCGAACUGUAUCUUCAGAACAAUGAUGUUAUCUCAAUUUCAGGUGCAUUGAGACACCUGCCAUGUCUAUGUGUGCUACUCCUGCACAAUAACCAGAUGAAGAGUCUGGAGGACACUGUGGCAGAGCUGAAGAACAUGCAGAAACUCCAUACUCUUUAUCCUGAAUAUCGCCAAUAUGUGGUCAACCAUUUGCCAUUUGUGCAGUUUUUAGACAGAAAAGAAGUUAAGAAAGGGGAAAGAAGGCAAGCUUUCAAGCUGUUUUGCAUAGAAAGACAGAGGGUACUGGAUUCUAUUGCCUUUGGCAGACGAGUAUUAUCGCCUCCUGCAGGAAGGAAAUUGACCAACAAGAUCAGGAAACAAGCAGGUCAACACAGCUCAAGGAAAAGCUGCCUUUCUGAUGGCACCAGAAACCCAUCAGUGAGCAGAUCUACACAGAAGUCCAUCAUACAGUUCUCCAUUAUGAACUGGAGUGGUACGAGUAUGGCUCAGUGGAACCAGCUAGAAGACUUGAGUAAACCUGCAUCCAACAUCCUAACUGUCAAACUUCGAUGAGUUCCAGAUGUCUGCCGCCACUUUAACCAUCAUCCUAAA